AUGAAGUCGAUAGGCAUCUUCGCCGUGGCGCUGCUCGCUGUCGCCGAGGCCUUUCCAGAAAAGCAGAUGGCGGCCCGCCAGGCCACCCCUAAAAUUCCUGUUGCAGUACAAAAGCCGAUCGAAGACGCCAGACUGAACGCGCAGACAAACCAAGGAUGCUUCAAAUCAGCUGGAAAUAACAUGACGUUUGUUACAGUCAUUCAGUACAACUCAAUCGGAGAGUGUGCUUUGAAAACUUGUGUUCCAAAAGGAUUCACGGCCGCUGCCACCACGGGCGGCAACCAGUGCUGGUGUGGCUACAAGUACCCGCCCGAGGAUGAUUUGGUUGACAACAAGAAAUGCGACGUUGGCUGCACUGGGUUUGGCGAAGAGGCCUGCGGCGGAAAGAAUUAUUUCUCGGUGUACAACACAGGACUGACAUUAGAUGUGGAUUUUGCCGAAGAUAGCGGACCGACGGGAGAGAAACACAAGACAAGCACAACUUCGACAACAGCCGCGCCAACCCAGGUGGUCACGCUGCCUCCAAGCGUCGUCACGCAAACACAAGCACCAGUCGAAGAGGAGGAGAAGAAGGGCGGCAAGAACGUGGCCGGCAUCGUUGCCGGUGUGGUGGUUGGUGUGAUCGCCGCCGUGGGUCUUGCCACGGGCGCGUACCUCUACCUCCGCCGCAAGAGGAACAAGGAGAUUGAAGAGGAGCAUCGUCGCAACGCUGCCGUGAGCGCCUUUAUUGGCCAACCCCCCGGAAGCAGCCGCGGCAGCGGCAUUUCCGGCGCCGACUCCCGCAUGGACCCAGUCAUGGCCCAGAGGAGGAUGAGUGACGGCAGUAUCGCCGACAACGAAGAUUACUCCAGGAAGAUCCUUCGCGUCACCAAUGCAUGAUCAAUUUUCCGGCUAUCGACCAAAGUGAUGACGACAAACGAACUCGCCUGUAUUUUAACCUUUGAACAUCUGCAUAAUAUCGGCGUAUCAGGAGGGGAUAUCUGCCGCAAUCUUGUUUACCAUUUCGGAACCCACAUCGAAUAUCACGCGAGCGAGCAAGCGAGCAAGCAGCAUGAGCGGGCGUUAUCCGACUUGAAGGAAUAUUUUUGCGUUGUAGGGUUUGAGCAAAAGUGACCGAAUCCCGCAGUUGGGGUAUCUCGGUUGCUCCUAUCUUUGCUCAACACCAUUGCAUGAAUGCUUGGUCUAUCCUCUCCUUUUUCUGCUACUUUAUUGUUUUCUUUUACGUCCAGCUCUCCUGCUACACAAAAAUCCGGUGGACCCCGGCCUUGUUUCUCUCUGUCUCUCUGUCUCUCAGACAGGAGGGGGUGGGAAGAAAGAAACAAAAAUUGGGAGGGGGAGUUGAUAAAGCUCCGGCCGGUCAUUUUUUUUUAUUUUACUAGCUGUCAAUUUUUUUUUGCUGUGUUAUGGGAAUUGGGAUGGGAUAUUGAAAGAAGACCCUACCUUUGUUUGGGGCGGGAGUGGGGAGGAAGAGGGAAGGAGUAGGGGGAAAGAGAGAAAUAUAAAGGAAAUAUUUACAUAUCUAUCAUCUCAGAUGACGUACUUACACCUACGUAUCCUAUCCUAUCUACCUUGUCUAUCUAUACCUGACUAUUACUCCGGCUUUUUGCUUUGGUGUUUGUUGGUAUGGUCGGAGAAGGGGGAAGAGUCAUCGUUCUGCAUGAUUUCUGCUUUUGAUGAUUAGUUUGAUGAAGAUUAUUGAUGAUUGAGUUUGGGUGGUGGUUUGUGUUUACGUGCUUUUGUUGAUGCUUUUGACAGUUCCAUUCUACAUGCUCGUAUGCCCACUCACUUUGGCGUGUUUAAUUUUAUAUCAAGCUCAAAACAUCAUUAGCUUAAGAAUUAUAUCUAUCCAAAACGCAAAAUAUCUGUUUACUCAAUCUAAAAAAAUCCGACUGCAGAGAUGAUAGAUACCCUUAAGCAACAGAGAGGUGAAGUUGAGGUCUAAAAUCCCGUGAUAUGCAGUGCCACGUUAUUUGCCAGGUCAUCCCUGGGCGAAUCAGAAAAGGGGAUUGAGAGCAAAAAUAGGGGACCGACCGACCAUCAUUGAACUUGUUUGGGAUGGGAUGGAGGGAGGGAGGAUGAUGUGCUGCUAUGUAACCGGAUGUUUGAGGAUCAUUCUGUUUUGCCAGGAAAAAGGCACAAAGACAAAAAAGAGGCAGCCCGGAUGUGUGUAUGUUGUUUCGAAACAAGACGGGUUGUGAGAGAGAGCGGGCGGGCGGGAGGGAUGGGGGAGUUGUGGUGAUCUUUUGCUUUUUGGGUGUUUGUGAAACGGGGUUGUUUUCAGGGGUUGGGACGAGCGGGAGGGGGAAAGACGUGGGAGGCUGAGAAAAUUUCAUGGCGAUUGACUGGCAUGUGGUUGAGGGGCUGGAUGGGUGGACUAGAUACCGAGAGCUUUUGGACUGAGUCAACUGGUAGGCAUCUUGGUUGUUCCAACAAAUCAACGCGAGAAAGCAGUCAAAGAUUCGAACCGUUUUGAUGUCCGUUUCGAGGUGGUUGACGCAGCGGAGGAUGAGUAGCUGUUUACUGAGCCAGAGAUGGAGCAAUGGAAGCGC